AUGACGAAUGCGCUGCUCUCGCGAAUCUACAAGGACAUCAUCGACAUCCCCCAUUUCCCCACGGUUCGUAUCAAGUGCAUCUUCGAGACGCGCGAGGAGAAGCGCGAGCGACGACGCAUCGAACGAGCCAAGCACAAUUUGAGCCAUCCCCUCGAGCAGCUGCCCGUGGACGAGAGCAGCGACGAGAGCUCCAGCGAAGAUGACGAAGACCUGGACCUCGACAUCAAGGCGCUCAAAGUCAUCAUCACACCGCUGGGCGGUCCGUGGAAGCACGCCUCGGUGCCCUUCCGCUUCGACAUUCCCAAGACCUAUCCCAACGACCCGCCCAAGCUCACCUGCCUGAAGCGAAUCUACCACCCGAGCAUUGACCUCAACGGUCGCGUGUGCCUGGGCCUGAUCAACGAGUGGAUGUCCAUCCUCAAUUUUGAAUCGAUCAUCAUCGAGCUGGAGCAGCUGCUGGCGCAGCCCUCGCCCAGCAAGCCGCUCGUCAAGGAUGUUGGCAAUGAGCUGCUCGACCACCCGGACGCGUUCGCGGAGAACGUCGAGCGGUCGAAGCGCGGCGGAGUCAUUCGCGGGGUCUACUACGACCGGCUCGACGGCAUCGCGCCCGACGGCGUGGGCUACAACAGCCUCAAGAACAUCUGCUUCACACAGAUCUUCGAGUGGAUCAAGCAGUCGAAGAAGGCCAAGCUACGCAAGAUGGUCCAGCAGCAGCAGCGACUGUACAGCGACAUUGACAUCGACGACGAUGACGAGGAGCACAAGGAGGGCUGGGAGGAGUGCGUCAUGUCCGAGGACGACGACGUCUACUCUGAAUCGGACCCCGAGGAGUCGUCGGCAACGACGCCACGAGGCCCGUGCAGUGCGCGUCGUGGCGGCGGCGGCGCUGGCGAGAAGGGCAAGGCGAAGGCGGUCAAGUCCAGGGAGGAGUACAAGCGAUUCGACGAGUCGAUGGUCGAGAGCCUGCCGUGGGAGCUGCGGGAGAUCAUCGAGGAGUACAGCCGCAUCAUCGAGCGCAACCAGCUGCAGAAGCUGGCGCGCAAGGAGAAGAAGGCCAAGGACGAGCAGAUCAGGCUCGGCGGCAAGGUCUACAUCCGGAACCUGGCGGGCAAGAUGACCAUGAUCGAGGGCGUCGAACCCACCAUGACCAUCUGGCAGAUGAAGGAACUCCUCGACGCCAAAACAGGAAUGGUUCCGUACACGCUGCAGCUUUUCUAUCAUCAAGUGCUGGAUGAUCGAAAGACGGUGGCCGAGUACAACAUCCGCGAGGGCUCCGUCGUCUACAUCGUCCUCGCCUGGGGCGGUGGCUAA